UGGCGCCAAUAACUUGACCCGACGUCAGAAUCCGGAUUCUAUUAAACUUCCCUCUCCGUGUUCCGACUUCAAUUGUAAAAUCCCUAGCUAGGGUUCAUCAUUCAUGCUGUAGAAAGGCAUCCUGCAUUCCUGCCCAGUUCGUACCUAUUUUAUACUAAUUGCUACUCGGAACACUAUAUACAUAUAGCAGGUGAAAUGGCGGAGGUGAUCUCAGUUAUGGACAUUGACGAUGACCAAAACGAGGGCAACAUCAGUUCAAAGCUCAACAAGGGGAAAAACAUCGCCACCAAAGCCACGCCUUGGGUUGAAAAGUAUCGUCCUCAGUCCCUCUCCGACGUCGCUGCCCAUAAGGACAUUGUCGAAACCAUUGACAGGCUUGCGAGUAGCAACAGGCUACCGCAUCUGCUGCUGUAUGGGCCUCCCGGAACUGGGAAGACCUCCACAAUUCUUGCCAUGGCUCGGAAGCUUUACGGAGCGCAGAUGCAAAAUAUGGUUUUAGAGUUGAAUGCUUCUGAUGAUCGUGGGAUUGAUGUUGUAAGGCAGCAGAUUCAGGACUUUGCUAGUACUCAAAGCAUCUCCUUUGGUGCGAAGUUUGCUGUGAAGUUAGUGCUGUUGGAUGAGUCAGAUGCCAUGACAAAGGAUGCACAGUUUGCUCUGCGUCGAGUAAUUGAGAAAUACACAAGACAUACUCGGUUUGCACUGAUUUGCAACAAUGUCAACAAGGUGAUCCCUGCAUUACAAUCACGGUGUACACGGUUCCGGUUUCCACCUCUUGAGGCUGUUCAUGUAACUGAGAGGCUUAAACAUGUUAUUGAAUUGGAAAGACUUGAUGUACCAGAGAGUGGCUUGAAGGCACUGGUGCAGCUUAGCAAUGGUGACAUGAGAAAGGCUUUGAACAUUUUGCAGUCAACGCAUAUGGCCUCUCAGCAGAUAACAGAAGAGGCUGUCUAUUUAUGCACUGGGCAUCCAUUGCCCAAAGACAUAGAGCAAAUCUCAUACUGGCUUCUAAAUGAGCCCUUUGCUGUCGGUUAUAAACGAAUAUUGGAAACUAAAACAAGGAAAGGAUUGGCUUUGGUAGAUAUUGUAAGAGAAGUGACCAUGUUUGUCUUCAAGAUAAAGAUGCCAUCGGAUGUGCGUAUUCAGCUUAUAAAUGCUAUGGCUGAAAUUGAAUAUAGGUUGACCUUCGGUUGCAAUGAUAAGUUGCAGCUUGGAUCAUUGAUAGCCGCUUUUACGCAAGCACGGUCUGCUCUGGUUGCUGCUGCAAAGUAGCCACACAAUGGUUUUGUAACAUAGUUUCUAUUUUGUCAUUGCUCUGUUCUAUUGACUGGGGAGUGUUGGAUGUUUUGAGAAUGCUAAUUUAGUAUCAUGGGUAAUGUUUUUAGUGUAAA